UUUGGCUUAUGAGGAGGGAAAGUUCUGUGAGACUUUCCACUUGGAUGCUUCUGGUUGGAGGUGCUGCGAGUCUUGUGGGAAGCAAAUUCAUUGUGGAUGCAUCGUGUCAUUCCAUAUGUUUGUACUGUUGGAUGCUGGAGGAAUUGAGUGCAUAACGUGUGCAAGAAAAAGUUUCAUUUUGACACCAAAUCCUGCCUGGCCUCCACCUUCUCUCUUCCUUCCUGUAAUGCCUGAAAGAAUUAAAGACCUCUCUACCAAAACUUGGCGUCAGAUGGCUGGAUCAGGUCCAGUGCCAUGGCGGCAAGCACCCAGUUUAUUCAGUUCUUCGGCUGCCCAAUCUGACUUGCAACCAAGGAUGCCUUUUGAAGUUCACAUACCAAGUGGCAUUGAUAGACUUGUUAGCAGUGAGCGACCAUCUGCCUCUUCUUUGGAGAAGAAGAAAGUAGAUGAUUCAUCUGCAAGAUUAAUGAAUGGUACCCUGAAGCUUGGUACAUCCGAAACACUUGAAAAUGGGAAUGCAGGAAUCAACUGUGGUGAGCAAGCUAAUCCAUGUGUAAAUGUUCCUCAGAAAUUGACCUUCUCAAAAAAUGACACUUCUGGUUCACACUAUAGUUUGGCUGUAUCUUCUGUGCCACCAAAUGUUGCAAAUGAUCAAACAAAGGCUUCUGGCACUCAUGCACCACGACCAACUCCUCCACCGCUAAUUGGGAAGCAGUUCUGUGGGCAUGAUGGAGCCGACUCCUCUGGGGAAACUCAGAUACGAAAUAGAAGGCCUCGAGGUGAUGCCCGAUCACGAAAUCAGUUACUUCCCCGGUACUGGCCCAGGAUAACUGAUCAAGAGCUCCAGCAAAUCUCUGGAGAUUCAAAUUCUGUAAUUACUCCUUUAUUUGAGAAGAUGUUAAGUGCCAGUGAUGCAGGGAGGAUAGGGCGCUUAGUGCUUCCAAAAAAAUGCGCAGAGGCUUACUUUCCGCCAAUUUCUCAGCCAGAUGGUUUGCCUCUCAAAGUCCAGGAUUCAAAAGGGAAGGAAUGGAUGUUUCAAUUCCGAUUUUGGCCCAACAAUAACAGCAGAAUGUAUGUUCUAGAGGGGGUCACUCCUUGUAUACAGUCAAUGCAGUUGCAAGCUGGCGACGUAGUAACAUUUAGUCGGAUAGAGCCAGAAGGGAAGUUGGUCAUGGGAUUCAGAAAGGCCUCAAUUGCUCCACCAUCUGAUCAGGGCUGUGAAACUGUCAAUGCUAGUAAUGGCGUUGCUAUGAACGGAAAUAUUAAUGCAAAAAAAAGCAAACCUGGUGAAGUUCUUUUAACUCAUCAAUUAAAAGGUCAUUCGGUAUCACCUGGGUUUUCGUCAAUCAACCAGACUAUUCCAGCAGAUCAAGCAAUUCCAUGGCCAAAACAUGAUAAAUCUGGGUGCUUAGCCAAGGGAGCUAAAUCUUCUUUCCGUGGUAAGAGGAAGAAUAGCACAUUGGGUUCAAAGAGUAAACGCCUAAGAAUUGAAAAUGAGGACCUGAUAGAGCUGAAGCUGACAUGGAAACAAGCUCAGGGACUGCUCCGCCCACCUCCAAACCAUCUCCCAAGUGUUAUGGUGAUUGAAGGCUUUGAGUUUGAAGAAUAUGAGCAGGAUGCACCGAUUAUUGGGAGGCCUACGAUUUUUGCAACAGAUCAUAAGGGUGAAAAGAUCCAAUGGGCUCAAUGUGAAGACUGUUUUAAGUGGCGCAAAGUUCCGCCUGAUGCUUUUCUUCCCUCAAGAUGGACCUGUUCUGAAAACUGGUGGGAUCCAGAAAGAUCAGUGUGUUCAGUAGUUCAAGAAUUGACUGCAGAACAGCUUGAAGAUCUGGUAGCCACUAGUACUCAAGCUGCUGCUAAAAAAAUGAAGGUUGCUAAACAGGACCCGGAUUCAGUCGAAGCUUUGGAGGGGCUUGAUGCACUUGCCAACCUAGCCAUCCAGGAAGAGGGUGAGGCCCUACCAACAUCAUCGCAAGCCACAACAAAGCACCCACGCCAUAGACCUGGUUGUACAUGCAUUGUCUGCAUUCAACCCCCAAGUGGAAAGGGCCCUAAGCACAAGCAAACAUGCACAUGUAAUGUCUGCUUGACAGUGAAGCGCCGUUUCCAAACCCUAUUGUUGCGGCGUGAGAAGAAACAAUCUGAGAAAGAAGCUGAAACUGCACGUCAAAAUCAACAACCGCAUCCACAUUUGCCUGAGAAAUCGCCAGAUGAUGAAACCCUGCUAUGUACUAAUACAGGAAGUAGUAGUCCAAACCAGAAAAUGGCAAACAGGGAUGAUCCUGAAGAUGAUCCAAGCAAGAUGAGAUCGACUCUUUCACCUUUCAAGGGCCAGAUUGAUCUGAAUAUCCAGCCGGAGAGGGAUGAGGAGCUGUCACCGGGUUCAGAUUCUGGCGGCGUGACUAGGUUGAUCCAAGAUGCGACCGAGAGUUAUCUGAGGCAGCAGAGAUUGUCGAACUCUAACAGAAAUUCAGCUGGAAAUCAGGCUCAGAUGAACUUUGGAAACGGUAGUAUUGCUACUGUUAGCAGUCAUGGUGAAGCUGAAGCAGAAUGUUCCGUACCUUUGUCUACAAAUGCAUCAGCAUCAACCUCAGGAACAGAGAGAUAAACGGCAGGAUUUCUCUGUUGAAGUCGUGGAUAAUUUUUGUUGUACAUUUAUCCGCGUUUGCAGACUUGUACAUAAAGAAGAGAGGUAGAAACUGGACCAUAGUGUGUAGAAGCCGAUGAUUCUGCCGAUUUAUAUGUAUUGUUAUCCUCUCUCUACAGUAAUAGAAGUGGACACCAGUGUAUGGGAAUGGCACUGGCAGUGACUGGGGAGUGGGUUGAAGCUAUUUAGUUGCCUUUUUGGGAGCUCAAUCUGUUCUAAGAUGUAAUUAAGCUACAUAUAUAUGUUUUGGUUUGUUUUAUUUUUAUUUUUUGUUCUCAUUUCACUAAAAUAGAAAUUGCUUGCAGUUAAUUUUUAUA